AUGACGGCCAACUUCUCCUCCCUGCUGCCAUCCCUGGAGGAUCGAGACGGCUUGGGUGACGGUCUGGGAAAGUCCAAUGUGGCGGUAUGUGUCUUAGGUGCUCCUCGUACAGUGGUCAAGACCUACGAGGGCAUACGCGAGCAGGUGGUUGGAGCUCUGAAUGGCGAUACCUUCAUCUUUGUGCCCUUCUUAGACAUCUUCACCCCCUCUUUGGAGGAGGACCUCAAGGCCUUGGGCCGGGCCGUGACCGCAAUUGUUGUUCCAGACGUGAACAGGACCACCUUCGAGAGCCGGACCUUCGGUGAGAUGCACGACCCGAGACUCUGGAUGCUCUAUGCCAAGGCCAAUGGUCCUUGGAGGGCCCCGCUCUACCGGCAAAUGGGCAGCAGCAUGUGGGGGUAUCACAACCAACAUUGCUGCCGCAGGAUGGUGGAGUCCUUCGAGCAGCAGCGAGGUUGGGAGUAUGAGUGGGUGGUCUUUGCCCGAGCAGAAAUGAUCUGGGUGCAGCCUCAUCCGCCGAUCCAGGUCCUGAGCCCCCAGUAUGUGCACAUACCGAUGGGUCAGGACAACAGUUAUUACAAUUUCAAUGAUCUGAAGGGCAUCAAUGACCGGCAUGCGGUGGUACCUAAAAGAUGGUUCAAGUCCUAUUUCAACCGGUGGGAAUGCCUCCUCGACGGGCGCGCCUGGAGGUACUUGGCCAAAGUUGCCGAGGCAGGCUACAUGAUCAACACAGAGCAGUACUUGUGGCUUCACCUGCAAGCGGAGGGAGUGCAGGUUCGAAGAUUUCCUCCCGUCUCCUUCUUGUCGCAUUGCACAGAAGGUCCUCAGUGCCAACAUCUGUACAAGGGCACUGACUUAGGGAAGGUUAGAUGGACGCAAACGGCAAAGUACUGGACCGAGCUGUUGGAGUCGCGGCGAACCAUCGUGGAUGACUUCCACUAUGUCAAACGGGGAGAAAGAGGCUGGAUCUGGGUUGAUGUCCAGGUUGGCAGUGCAGUUCGUUCAUGUCGGGUGGCAGGCGCUUCUCUUCACCCUGCUUCUUCGACUGUGCAGAACUGCCGGGGAAGAUCCGCUGGUUCCACCUGGUGGCAAGUUCUCCUGGGGGCCACACGACCCCUUCUACACAUGGGUAGUCCACCCUGUGCUGCUUCCCAACCCGCCGGCUCCACCUCCCAGCACUACGGCGGGGCACUGCAGCACCGCAGACGCCAGCUCCGUUUGUUCCGCCGACCCCGCAGCCUACACAGCCUACAACUCCUCAGACCACCCAAAGGGGAACGUCCAGUGGAUCUCUGGCAUGGCUGCCACCACGAACCCACCAGCGGACGACAUAGACCUUCCACAGCCUCCUGCGCCGCAGUUCACGGUGGAAAGCUUCUUGCCAACGGACUCUCCGCUAGCUGGAUGCCAUGGCUACGAGGUGUGGAGCAUUGGGCUCUCUGUACGGAGACGGCAUGCAGCAACUACGCUCAGCCUAGAGACUGCGCCUGGGGGGUCUGGGGUCAGUGGGAAUCGUUCGGAGGCUGUUCCGGCCUGGGCAUUCGCAGCCGCAAGAUUGCCACGAUGAAUACUGAAGGCGGAAAGCCUUGCAGUGGUGUCAAGGAAGAGACGAUGCAAAUGGACGUCUACUUCGACGAUGACUGCCUCAUGGGCAACCGAGACUGCGACUGGUCCCCAUGGACGGACUGGAGCCACUGUGGCUGUGAUGUUUGUGGGGAGGAUCGAAAGGCACAGACAGUGAGAUAUCGGCACAUUGCCAACCAGGCCUUGGGCACCGGCGAGGCGUGCUCUGGGAAGUUCAACAUGCUGGGGCAGUUUAUGACCCAUGACAGUUUUGGCAAGGAGAAUGGGCGUCGCGUGUCAAAGGAGGCUGACUAUGGUGGACUUGCCUGCGUCGCCUCUUUGAGGAAGACAGAGACCUGCAACACGCAGCCAUGCCAACACAAUCAAGACUGCGUUGUCUCUGAGUGUGGCACUCAGUACAGGAAAUUUCCUGGUGCCAUGCAGAUGACAAGGCAACGGCGAAUUGAGACCUAUGCUGAGGUGUUUCACCACCGAGUGGAGUCAUUGGUCCGCCUGCCCGGUGGCAUGCGGCGGAUGGCAAAGCAGGACUUGAAGGAAGUGCGUGGUUGCAACGUCGACUCCUGUGAGGAGAACGAGGGCUCCAAUGCCAAAAAGAACUUUAUGAUACUGACGCAUGUCUUGCUUGGCAAAUCUUGCUGGCCUGAGGUUUCUGUUAGAAGCCGAUCCAUUGACCAAAGCGCCGGCGAUGGAGGUGAGUCCAAGAAGACUGGCGUUGCUCAUGGGGCUGAAACUAAUUCCUGGAAAUGCAGACCUGUUGGCAAUGCUCAUAGAAUUGUGUUUGGUCAGGGUGCAGAAAUUAGAGGCUUCUCAUGCCGUGUGCUUGCUCUACGGACUGUCUUUGUCUCCGACAUCUCUGGUGCAGGCAAGAGCUGCCAUGCCUCGCUGAAGGAGAUGCAGGAGUGCAUGCGGGUAGAGCCUUGCAACACGCAGCCCUGCCGACAUUGCGUCGAUGGCUAUGCGCAGUUUGCCAUGGAAGGGGAGUUUAUGGGUGCGCAUGAAGAGUAUGAGAUGUGCGAAGACCUUCCAAUCUGCGAAAAGGAGCGACAUCGACGCGUCAUCAAGCUGGGCAGUGGAGCUGGCAAGAAGUGCAAGGUGGGAGAGCAAGACAUGGCCCUAUUCCUGGUAACUUAUCAGCGCGACGUGGAGAGGACGAGGCUUCGAGUUGACAAGCUAGUGUGCGCAGCGGGGCUCACCCUCGGGGCUGCCGUGCUCAAGGUCCAGAGAACUGCACGCCAUGGCCUCACCCAUUCGGAUGAAGGGGCGACUUGGCGCAGCAGCAGCCUCGACGUUCUGGGCAUAAGAAGGGUGGUGCCCUGCAAUACUCACCACUGCCCAGAGAACAACUGCAUUGACUGCCAGUGGGGUCCCUGGUCCGAGUGGGGUGACUGCUCCGAGUGCGCUGGGCAGAAGUACCGCCAGCGAACGAUCCAGCACCUCCAGAACGAGUGCGGUCACAAAUGCGAUCCAGGUGUGGCGAAGGAGACCAUGAACUGCACCGGGAGCUGUGAAGCUGAGUACUACUGCCGCUGGUCAGACUGGUCAGAUCUUGGAGAUUGUACAGCCACCUGCGGAACGGCUGUGAAGAUUCUGCAGAGAAGGCUUGAAAUCACCUCACAAGCACCGUUCAGCGAUCAGGACUACAAUGCCAGCGCAGGUGGAGUCUAUCUUUUCGCAGUUGCCUUACAGAUUGGAUGUUUUAAGCAGAAGUUUGGUUUGCUGCUGGUUCUGCACCGGCUGGAAGUCAAAGCAUGGUCUGCAGCGGAAGGGGAUCUGCACUUGGCAAGCGCCUUGUACUCAGUACUUGGCCUAAGAAGAGACGUGGCUGUGGACGCUUUGGAUGGUUUGCAAGGUGUAACACUCCCAGCUGCAAUGCGCGCGGCCCAGAUCAAGAUGUUCACUGUCAAGAAGACCUCGCAGUUUUGGAAGACUGUCAUCCAAGAAAUUGCAGAUUCGGUGUUUGGGGGCCCUGGUCAGAGCCGUGCCUUGGUUGCGCAAGGUCCUGUACGCAGCUGUGUGCAGAACUCAGUGAGUGGUGCGAGGGCAACCGCCAUCGUGUCAUUGCGCAGCCGAGCAGCUGCGGAGGGGUCAGAGCCAGGAUCAAGCUACACCUUGGCUUGUAUGGAAGUUGACUGCACCAUCGGAGACUGGGAUGACUGGAGCUUCUGUGCCAAGGAGACAGGUUACCAGCGUCUCAGGGCGCGAACCAUCCUCGCGCAGGCCCAAAACGGAGGCGAGCCCUGUGGCACUACCUAUCCGGCGCCUCCACUCUCAUUGGAGGUUCAGCAACUGGCGACAGUGGACGGAGCAACGCUCUUACGCUACCACGGCAGCCUGGAGGAGCUGAUUCCCUGCAAUUUGGAGCCAUGUGAUGAAAGUGCUGCUCGGGACUGCGAGCUCUCUCCGUGGAGCGAGUGGAGUCACUGCGAUUCCCAUGAUCAGCGGGAGCGGUACCGCACCAUUGCUGAGCAGCCCUCCAAGGAAGGCAAGCCCUGCAAUGGCACCAUGCAGGAGAUCCAGCCCUGCACCGUCGCAGUGGACUGCAUCCUUAGCCCUUGGACGGAGUGGGAUGCUUGCGACAAAUCCUGCGAUGGGGGUCAGAAGCAGCGACAGCGGCAGGUGGAAGUGAACCCCAAGCAUAGGGGCAAGCCAUGCGACCCAGGUUUGAUCGAAACUGCUGGAUGUAACCGUGAGCCCUGUGCGAACAGCGACGUCAAUUGCAAAGUCAGCAUCUGGACGGUGUGGACACCCUGCAGUGCUACCUGCGGGCCUGGCUUCCAGGAAAGAUCUCGCAAGAUCACCAGCAGGCUCAGCCAUUGUGGCACGGGUUGUGUUGGCAACCUGACAGAGGUCAAGCCAUGCAAGAAGGAGCACUGCGGAAAUUGUGACCCAUGUGUCUGGGGCAAGUGGAAGGAAUGGAGCGACUGCACCCGACAUUGCGGGGGUGGCCAACGCCAUCGACUGCGCAAUAUCACCUCGUGGCCAUCCCCGGGCUGCGACCCCUGCUUGCCGAAGGACAAGGCUUGGGUGGAGCCAUGCAACACCGAGCCAUGCCCAGAAGGAGAGCUAUGUGUGGAUGGCCUCUGGGCGCAGUGGCACGACUGGCAGGCAUGCUCCACCUCCUGUGAGGGUGGCAUGCGCGCUCGAGCUCGGCACCUGCUCCGAAAGGCCACGGAUUGCGGCCGCAUGCCCGACGGUGACUCCCAUGAAGAGGAACCAUGCAACGAGGGCGUGCCCUGCAAAGACACUCAGGACUGCAUUCUCUCUGAGUGGACGAUGUGGUCUGACUGUAGCGCCUCGUGCCACGGCAUCAAGAGACGGACGCGGAAAGUCUUGCAGCAUGGCUACGGGGCGGGCAAGUACUGUCAUGGUGCAAUGGAAGAGGCCUACCCUUGUGCGUUUGGCAUCUCCAGGAGCUUGGUCAACUGGGACAGCCCACACCUGUACCUGAACCUGCAGAAUCUUGCAGCCAACAACCUGGAUGGGAAAGGACCUGACUUCCAGGCCGAACAAGCUCUUCGCUACAAGAGUGUCGCAGCUGAUAACUCCCAGACCGUGGACCUGAGAGUGACUGUCAACGAUGAAAGCUUCUACAAGUCGGGGCAGGGAUCGAAGUUCAACGGCGUCCAAGGCAGCUUUGGCAACAUCUUUGUCGAGCCCAAUUCUGAAGUGGUCUUGGACUUCCAGCUCGUUGACACGGUCACCAGCGAUCCGAUGACACCGGAAGAUUUCGUCAUCAAGUUCUACGAUGGUGAUGAUGAGUUAGGGAGCACCAAAUUCGAGAUCACAGCGGUGGACGAGUGCGAGGAGUUUUACAACUCCCCGAACACCAUGUAUGAGUCCAAGCCUCAGCUAGGUCCGCUGGCCUGCUUCAGACACGUUUAA